UUUGUCGUUUAUGGCAUGUUACCACCUAAAGGGUGAUACACUGUCUGAUACUUUACAUACGACCGUAUCAUUACGAAUUUUAUUACUAACACAUGUGCAGGUUAUCACAUACUGUACAUUCCACAGCUUUUAGAACAUUGAUACCGAACUUGUACAUCUGCUGUGUGCCGUGAGGCUUUAUGGCCUUUAGGUAAUUUCACAUGUCUGACAUUUUGUGGCAAUCCCUACAUUUCCACAUUCCAGGGAGACCUGUGAGGUGCUGUAAUUCGAAAUCUAUUGUUAUUUGACAAUAUGAUCAUUUAGUAUUUUGUAUUCAAUUAUGUGUUAGCCAUACAUCCCUUGAUUUUCGGCACAUACUUCUGAAAUACCCUGUAUUUGAAUCGCCCUCUCACUCGUACCGUGAUCUCGAUGUGAAGCCCUAACUAUGUAAUCACCGCCUGAGCCGCGAUCGCUGAGCGAGGUGAAGUGGCGCCCAUGCCCUGACAGACGAUAGGUUAGCCGAGCAGAUGCUUCAGCGAUGGUUGGUCUAAGCUUUUGUCCUCGUGGGUGCAAGACUAAUUUCGCUGUAUACAACAAAGAGAGGAUCCGCAUGCGGAAUAUGAUAAGUCUGAACAGACCUCCCGAACGCGUUGCGUACGUCAUGGGGAUGACGCCUAAGGUGGUGGUGAAGCGCGGCAACACGUCUCGGCCUGAGACAGCGGCAGUACCCCCAGCACCGCCAGUCAUCGAUAACUUCACUGUGGGCACCAUUCGUCGCUUCGUUCACAGCAUGUUCGCUGCCAAGCAAUACUUCACGGUCGGCAAGCUGACGGAGAAUCUGAAGAGGGCUGGAAUCGUCUCAGAAUUUACCUCGGAGACGUCGGUGUGGCGACUCCUGCACAACAUGGGAUUCCGGUACAAGACUUCUCAGCGCAAGGUCUACGUAAGGAAGGAAUCCCUAGACAUCGUUUGCCGUCGGAUCAACGCUCUCUGGGCUCUGCAGCGCCACAGGGGAGAAGGGAGGGAGGUGGUAUACCUCGACGAGACAUGGUUCACCACCAGGAUGAACCACAGCAGGGAGUGGGUGGACACCACGCAGGCUGUCACCAGCGACAAUUAUAGUCGGCAGAUACCGCCUGGGAAAGGGGAACGAUUCGUGGUGGUCGCAGCUGGCACGGCCAGUGGCUUCGUAGAGGGCUCAUUCCUCUGCUACGCGGCCAAGAACACCAGCGGCGACUACCAUGGCGAGAUGAUGGCCGACCUGUUCCUCCGCUGGCUGACAACGCAGCUCCUCCCGUUGCUGACCGAGUCAUCGGUUCUGGUGCUGGACAACGCGCCUUACCACAGCAAGCUGACUGCGGAGAGUCGCUGUCUCACUACAGCGACCAAGAAAUCUGACCUAAUCAACUGGUUGGAGAAACGCAGACUCCCCGUCCCACCUGGCGCUACACGACCUAAGCUGCUGCUCAUCUGCCACCAAAACCGGCCAAAGCCCCAAUACACGGUGGGGCCACGAGGUCGUCCGUCUGCCACCUGCCCACCCAGAGCUCAAUGCCAUCGAGCAGGUGUGGAGGUGAAUGAAGCGCCACGUGCGUUCUUCGCUGCAACGCUUCACCAGGGUGGACCUGCAGACCAGAGUGGCUGAAGCCAGGCUUUGUGCCACCCAGGAGGUGUGAGCGGCUGCUGUGCGACGAUCCCGAGACUUCCAGGACGGGUACUGGACGUCGGACAAUAUUCACGAGCCUGUGGGACCCAAAAUUGUUGACCUCGCCAGCGAUGAGGAAGACACAGAAGACCUGUACCUUGAUAGUGAUGUUGAAUAAAAGUUAACGUGUG